UGCUGGUUCGAUAGCGCUGUCUGCGCCUGCGCAGGGCGCCGGGUGGAUGAUGCAGCCACUCGGAAACUGAUGCAACCGGCGUUUUAGAAGCGGACACCGGCAGAAGGCGGCUACGCGUUCAUGCCUGAUAAUUAUUAGGAACAUUUGUCAUCAUGGGCGACAGUGCGAAUGUUCAGGAAAAACUCAAUCUAAUCACCAGGAACUUGCAGGAGGUCCUUGGCGAAGAGAAGUUGCGUUCAAUUCUGGAGGAACGGGAUUUGAGUGUCUACUGGGGGACAGCUACCACUGGGAAACCUCAUGUGGCAUACUUUGUGCCAAUGUCAAAGAUCGCUGACUUCCUAAAAGCUGGAUGUGAGGUAACUAUUCUGUUUGCUGAUUUGCAUGCCUAUUUGGACAACAUGAAAGCUCCCUGGGAACUGCUGGAACUGAGGACGCAGUAUUAUGAACAUAUUAUUAAAGCGAUGCUCGAAAGUAUCGGUGUGCCAAUAGAAAAACUCAGAUUUGUAAAGGGAACUAAUUAUCAGUUAAGCAGGGAAUACACUUUGGAUGUUUACAAAUUAUCCUCUGUGGUGACUCAGCAUGAUGCCAAAAAAGCUGGUGCUGAAGUGGUUAAACAAGUGGACCAUCCACUCCUCAGUGGCCUCCUAUAUCCUGGAUUACAGGCCUUGGAUGAAGAAUACUUGAAGGUCGAUGCACAGUUUGGUGGAAUUGAUCAGAGGAAAAUAUUCACAUUUGCAGAAAAGUAUCUUCCAGCUCUUGGGUAUGCCAAACGUAUUCACUUAAUGAAUCCUAUGGUGCCAGGUCUGACUGGAGGGAAAAUGAGCUCCUCUGAAGAGGAAUCCAAAAUUGACUUGCUGGACAAAAAGGAAGACAUUAAAAAGAAGCUGAAACGGGCAUUUUGUGAACCUGGUAAUGUGGAGAACAAUGGUGUUUUAUCCUUUGUGAAACAUGUCUUGUUUCCCUUACAUGGAGAGUUUGUUAUUUUGAGAGAUGAGAAGUGGGGUGGCUGCAAGACCUAUGUAGAAUAUGAUGAACUUGAAAAAGACUUCAUUGAUCAGUCUGUUCAUCCUGGUGAUCUGAAAAAUUCUGUUGAAGUUGGCUUGAACAAAUUGCUGGAUCCAAUUCGGAAGAAGUUUCAAAUGCCAGAGAUGCAAAAAUUAACCAGAGCUGCUUAUCCUGAACCUGCAAAGCAUCAAAAGGGAGUUUCCAAAGGGCAAGCUGCUGAAAAUGAUGAAAUUGUACCUUCAAGGCUUGAUAUAAGAGUUGGUAGAAUUACCAGUAUUGAGAGACAUCCUGAUGCUGACAGUCUCUAUGUAGAGAAAGUGGAUGUUGGAGAAGCACAGCCACGAACAGUUGUCAGUGGUUUAGUGCAAUGUGUCCCUGUCGAGGAGCUGCAAAAUCGUGAUGUCAUAUUGUUAUGUAAUAUGAAACCACAGAAGAUGCGAGGAAUCGAAUCUCAAGCCAUGUUGCUUUGUGCAUCAAUAGAAGGAGAAAAGCGUAAAGUGGAGCCAUUAAAUCCUCCAGAAGGUUCUUCCCCAGGAGAGCGUGUGUUUAUAGUAGGAUUUGAAAAUGGUACAGCAGAUGAUGAACUAAAACCAAAAAAGAAAGUGUUUGAAAAAUUACAGGCUGAUUUCAAGAUCUCUGAUGAUUGCAUAGCCCAGUGGCAGCACAAGAAUUUCAUGACCAAACUUGGCGUUGUAACAUGUAAAUCACUAAAAGGUGGAAAUAUAAGUUAGUUUAGAAGGACUAGUUUUACAUGGGAGUGCAAGAAUUAUUUUUCUUUAAGCCAACAAGUCUUCACUUUCAUGUCCUGUACAAUAGGAGUAUCAUUGCAUUCAAUUCUUAAUGAGUUACACUGAAGCUAUGUUUAAUUCUGUAGUUGGUGAUAACAUAAAGCAGUGAAAUAUGAAGAAAAGGGGUGACAGUUCUUAAUUUGGGGGAAAGCAAAAAUCAGGCAUUCAUGAAUAAUUGUCUGAACAUAAUGUUACAGAAUCAUUUUAAGGAUCAUCAUUGUGUUAUGAUACAUUUUAUUUAAAUUAUUUCAUCCUUAUAAGAUUUCUGGGAUAACGGGGCAUUUUAACUGUAAUAAUUGCUUCCUUGGUGUCUCUUGUGCUGUAGCGAAAUCUGAUAGUGUGAUAACCAUUCUCUGGUGACUAGAUAUCAAAAGUCUUAUUCUAAUUGCAAAGAGUUUUACAUUACACCACUAUUUUGUACCUCAAAACUUAAAGCUUCCAUUGUUGAAGGCCAUGGGCAAAAAACAGUGACAUUCUUUAACUGUUCCCUUAAACCCCUCUCAGAAUAAACAAAACAUACAUUUUUCUUGUUUCUUUGCUAGUUCUGUAAUACAUUCCAGCUGUGCUGAGUGUGACAGUCUAUUUAACAAUUGUUUUAAUUCAAAAAGAUGAUUAAUUAUCCACACUUGACCUCAAAUUGUACUUCAAUUUUAAUCUGCCAACAAUUAGAAUAUUCUUUUUCAUACAGUUUAAUUUCAGUUAAACCUGCUAAAUUUAAUUGUCUGUCUAAAGAAACUGUUAUUAAAUUUGAAACAUUUUGAUUAGGUUGUACUCUCUGGCCCAAGAAACUCAAGAACCUUAAUGUGUGCUGAAUUACUAAGCAUCAUUGAUUCAGGCUUUGAAUCAGAACUUCUAUAAUAUGCCAUCUUGUGAUUUCUUCUUUGUGUCAGUUUACUCUUAUUGGUCACUUUGUGAGUGACUUGCAGCAUUAUAUUAAAAAGUUGGUGUUGAUUGUAAGUUAUAUUGUUGUCAAGCUCCAAAAAUUAUUACUUUGUUUGUAAUUUAGAAUCAUAUGACACCGAAAGAAUCAAUUUGGCUCAAUGUGUCUAUGCUGGCUUUCAUUAAGAGAUGUCUGAUUAACCUCACUCUCUUUUGCUCUUUCCGCAUAGCUUUGAGAAUUGUACUUUGAGCGUUAUAUGCCAGAAAAUGUGCUUUGCAGCAUUAAAUUGAUCAGCCUGGUAUGUCAGGCAGAUUGAUGCUUGACUCUGUCACUACAGUUCUGUCAAGGCUGGCUGUUUGACUUCUAAGGUUGAAUAGUUAUGUCUUUGGUAGCUGUAAUUUGUGACAGAACCAAUCAUUCUCCUAAUUGUCCAUAUAAUGGAAUCAUGAUAUGCUGCUGUUGAGUAACUGUUCCCUAAAGGAAUUAUUUAUUCAACUGGGCACAAUUAUAUUUUUAACUCCAAGAAUCAGCAAGUUGUUUGGUCCUUUUUGGAAAAACUGAGAACCCUGAAGCUUCAGUAAUACCUCAGUACUGCAAAGUAAGUUAAUUAGACUGCACUUUGCAUCAGACCAUGUGCUAAGGUACAUCAGUUAUAAUGAUAUCAGUAUUUUCUGGCCGGGGAAGGGAAUAAGAAAGAUCAGCCAGAAUAUUUUUUCUGCCAGUAAAUGACUGGACUCUUGCUGUAAGUGCAUCUUAAAUAGAUACUGCAGGAGGGCAGAAGUUUAGGCUUGUUGUCUUCGAACCCCAUCAACUACCAACGCUAGCAUAGAGGAAAAUAACCCUUUGAGUGGGGUUUAGAUAGCUAUGGAGUUAUGUCCCAAAUGAGUCUCCUUUGUGAUGGGGGUGGGGGUGGGGAGUGGGGAGUAAAAUAAUAUAUUCAAUGCUGCUCUCAAGAAUAGUUUAUGGCCUUAAUCCCACUUUUUUUUUAAAAGAAAAAGCUUUCUAUUAUACUGUGAUUUUGUGCACAAAUCUGAGAAUGCACAAAAUCCAUUGACAAUGGAAAUGAAACACAUGCAGAUGGAAAAUUAUUUAAAAUGUAAAUUAAUGUUCAUUGAAAUGCUGACUAAGUAUUAAUACCCGGGGAAAUACCUCACUGAAAAUAUCCUUCACCUUGUGACCAUUUCCUUUCAAGUGGAAUCUUGAUUUGAAUUUUAAACUCUACCUUUGAACAUAUUUUAUCUGGUGGUUAUAUUAGUUACCACACCACUGGUGGGUAUCAUGUCAGAUAUAUGCCAAGUGAAGCAGCCUAUCUAUAUAUAUAUAUAUAUAUAUAUCUGUGCUACCUGCUCAGAUAAAUAUAUUUUGGAAUUGUGAACCUUACCAAUUUGUUUUGCCAAAUUGUUCGUGAAUGAGAUGUAACAUAUAUAAUUAAAAGGAAUAGUAAAAUA